AUGAGAGCCGCUGAAAAUUGUAACGUAAAUGCUGUCAGCCUUCUCAUUGAACAUGGAGCUAACGUGACUCUUCAUGAUGAAGAUGGUGAUACAGCGCUUCACUAUACUGCAAGUGAACAACGCUGUUUGGAUAAGACUCAAAUGCAACAAACUAUCGUGACACUCUUAACAGCUGGAGCAUCCUGUUUGUCUAAAAACAGUCAUGGAGUAACCCCUCUUCUUACAGCGGCAGUAUAGAAAAGGUAUAUUUUUUAAUCCAGCGACCUGAGAUAACCAAAGAGCAAAAAAUUGAUGCUCUAGAGCUUCUUGGAGCUUCUCUGUCUCUUGACCAGUAUGAUUUGGGAGGAUUUAGAUUCAUCAAGCAUGGCAUGAAAGAAAGGUUUGCUGAUCCUUUCAAAACUGUGUUAAAGCGGCAAAUGGAACCCAUUGAAGCUUAUCAGAACAGAAAAGAAAGUCAAACUCUUGAGGAGCUUGCUGAAAUCGAAAGUGAUGAAAAUGCUAUGAUCAUGGAGAGCCUUGUUGUUAAAGAAAGAAUUCUUGGAAGGAACAGUGAAAAUCUACUAAAAUCAAUUAGAUGUGCUGCUACUUACUAUGAACACCAUCCUUUUUCUCCAUGUAAGUGUAUAAGGCUGUACAGACAUGCAAUGAAAAUAGCCCGGUGCUGCAAUCAGUCCGCUACAUUUGAUUUAAAUCAUAUUACCAAAUUAUUGGAAAGCUGGCUGGAGAAUGGUCUUCCCAAAGAAGAGCCUUAUUUUGAAUUGCUAGACCAAACAGUUCUUGAUCAUGACUAUGAGCUGCAAAGAAAAGUGACCAAAGAACAAGAUCAGUCUCUUUUUUAUUCUUUUCUCCGAAUUCUUCAGAUGCUGAGCGGGAAGAAAUUUGGUAAAAAGAACAACUUUUCAAAUGCAGCAAGUUUAUUAAUAUUAGCAGCACUAUUUGUAAGUUAAACUUGAGAGAUGAUAACAAGAAUACAUUGUUGCAUCAGCUCGUUAGAUAUCAUUCCAGCCAUCCUUCAUGUUUGUACGCUGGUGUAGUCAAACUUCUUUUGAAUGCAGGAUUCAAUAAUCAUGUUAAUGCUAUCAACUACAAAGGAGAUAAUGCGCUUCACAUAGCUGUCACUUUAAGACCUUGGAAUGGUGAACACAUCCAUCUUUUAAUCGAAAUGUUGGAGGUUUUGUUUGAUGGAGGUGCUCAUCAUGAUUAA